CGACACCAUUCCCCGUCGCUUCUCUCCUCUCUCACAUACACCACCGGAAAUGGCCUCGAAGCUCUUCCCCGUCGUCCCCCGGGUCGGCCGUCAAUUGUUCCAGCAACUCCCCAAGUCCCAAUGCAGAGCGUUCUCCGCUGGGCCGCAACUCUUCAGUGACGCCCUUGCCGUGCACCGCAACAAGCCCUCCAACAACCCGACCCUCCCGUUCAAAUUCAACGACCAGAACCUCCAACUCAUCGAUGAGAUCCUCAAACGCUACCCUCCCCAGUACAAGAAGGCUGCUGUCAUGCCUAUCUUGGAUCUGGGUCAGCGCCAGCACGGCUACACCAGCAUCAGUGUCAUGAACGAGGUCGCCCGGUUGCUUGAGAUGCCCCCGAUGCGUGUUUACGAAGUCGCAACCUUCUACACCAUGUACAACCGCGAGCCGGUUGGCAAGUACUUUGUUCAGCUUUGCACUACGACACCAUGCCAGCUCGGUGGCUGCGGUAGCACCAAGAUCCUCGAAGCCAUUUCGGAACACCUGGGCAUUACCGCCGGCCACACCACCGAAGACGGCCUAUUCACCUUUAUCGAAGUCGAAUGUCUCGGUGCCUGUGUCAACGCCCCCAUGGUCCAGAUCAACGACGACUACUACGAGGACCUCACACCCGAAUCCACCAAGGCCCUUCUCACCGCGCUCAAGGACUCCGCUACCGCGACGGACAAGUCGGUCAAGGUUCCUGCCCCCGGCCCGCUGAGCCACAGAGAGAGCUGCGAAAACAGUGCUGGUCACACGAAUUUGCAAGACCCGCCGGUGUGGAACCCGGAGACCAUGAUGAGAACGGAUGGUGCUUUGGAUGCUCAGCAAUAAACGAAUACAAAGAGUUAAAACGCGUUUUCCCUUUUUCCCGUUUCUUUUUUAUUUGGUGGCAUAAUGGAAUGGAGUCCCGAGAUAUAUCCACCAGGCUUCUAUUUGUAUAGUACAUUGUUCCUGGGGUUUGGGAUAUCAUUUGAAUUACUGUAGAGGUUGAUCCAGCAGUACAAUGCAGUUUAUUGU